AUGUCUGGUAAUCUUCAAAGGGAAGCGUUAUUAAAGGAAUUCGAAAAUGCUGGAAAGAUGAUCCAUGCCUUCGAUACGGCACCUGAAGGAAAUGGAGAAGAAGAUACGAUUACAGAAUUGCCUGUCGUUAAGAACCCUGGGUUAGGUGUUUCAAGUGAAACGAAAGCUGAGAAUAUGGAGGAUACAGGGUUCCCUAGAUGGACUGAGUUUUUUGCCAAGAACGAGACUGUCAGUCUACCUAAUAGAAAUUUCACGUUCAAUACAUACUUCCAGGUUCCAGAGGUCAACAGUUCAGACCUGUCAUCAAUCCCAAUAUUUCUGGCUCAUCAUGGUGCUGGUUCUACUGGGCUAACUUUCGCACCUUUGGCGAAAACCCUAAAAGAAGAUCUCGGAACGAAUUUUGGCUUCUUUUCAUUUGAUGCUAGAGGCCACGGUGAAACUAAACCGUUGGAUCCAACUGAUGUUACCUAUUAUUUGAAUGAUUUUGUAACUGAUUUUGUAGAACUGAUAGUAUGGUUCUAUGAAAACUACCUCAAAGCUUGCAAACAAUCAAAACUCUCGUUGAUCCUAGUAGGACAUAGUCUCGGAGGAAGCGUUUGUGCCAAUCUGUAUGAGCAUUUACCAGAAUACAUCAAGAGACAUACCACAGGAUUGGCCAUGCUAGAUAUUGUCGAAGAGAUGGCAAAGUUUGUGUUGACUAAGGUAGAUCAUUUCCUUUCUGUCACUCCCAAUGUCUUUGGUUCUGCUAAAGAAGCAGUAGAUUGGUAUCAAUCUCAUAACUAUUCUAAACUGAAAGAAAGUGCAGAGAUCUCUGUUCCAGCGCUAUUCCAUAAGGCAAAAUCAGGCAAAGUUGUACGGAUAACGAAUCUUGCAUCAUUCAAGCCAUAUUGGGAUUCUUGGUUCGAUGGAUUAUCUGCCAAAUUCGUAUCACUUCCAACCAGUAAACUUCUCAUCUUAGCAGGCAAUGAUAAUUUGGAUAAGGAACUAAUUGUUGGCCAAAUGCAAGGUAAGUACCAGCUAAUUGUGUUCCAGGAUUCUGGACAUUUCAUUCAAGAGGACGUUCCCAAAAAGGCAGCUAUUUCUCUAGUGGAUUUUUGGAAACGUAGUGAUAAUAGGAACGUUACAAUUAAAACGAAUUGGGGCAGCUCUCAAAAUAAGACCUUAGAGGGAAAAAAGACUGUUGAGUGA